AUGUCCUUUGAGAGUCAAAUAAUAAAGUCGAGGCCAUUCUUUAACAAACAACAAAUUAGACGACUACAGAAACAUACUAUUAAUAACAAAUUAAAUUAUGAAGUAAAUAAAACACAGAUACUCAAUAAAGUUAAUAAGAUAUGCUAUGAGUUAAAAUUUCCAAGGUGUACACUAGAAACCUCUAUUUAUUUCUAUCAGAGAUAUUAUCUAUUUAAUAAAUUUGAAUCUGAGUAUUGUUUCAUUGUUGGAGUAAGUUGUAUCCUAUUAAGCUCUAAGCAAAUGGAAACUGUUAAAAAAAUAAAUGAGAUUUGCUCUGUAGCACUAAAACUAAGAAAUACUGAAGCUGAAAAUAUGUCAAAUCAAAACGCCAAAAUAAACCCAGAAGUACUUGAAAACUUCAAAAAAAGAGUUAUACAAAUAGAACAACGAAUUUUAGAAAGCUGUUGCUUUGAUUAUAGAAUUUAUUAUUUGAAUCAUGGUAUUAAUUUGAGUGAAAGUUUAAUAUUAAUCGGUAAAGACUUGAAGGUCGAUAAAGAAGUAUGUAAACUAGGUUGGAUAAUUUGUUAUGAUGUUUUAAAUACCGAAUUAAUAUUGAUUUUACCAGGAUUUUUGAUAUCAUUUGUAAUUUUGAAGAUAUCUUCUGAAAUAUUUCAACUACAUUACAAAGAAAGCAAUUAUGAAUCACCUUUUUUUGACACCGAUAAAUAUAGUAUUAGAAAAGAUUUUUCUGAUGAGGCCUAUUUUACUAUAUUAAAUAUGUAUAUUAAUAAAUUUGAUUCUUUCGAAAUUAAGAAUUAUAACAAAAUAUCAUUAAGCAUAGAGACCUUUAUGAAGCUUAAAGAGGUAGCAGGAGAGGAGAGUGGUAUUUCAAUGCUCAGUGAGGAUCAAUUAGAUUUGGAUAGUUACAUAAAUGAAAUUAGAGAUUUCAACAUAAAGGAAAGACGAUAUGUUUUAGACAGUACUAUUAUUGAAAAUGAAAUUAAAUAG